CCCAUUAUUCAUUCCCCCACCCCCACACACACACAUCAUGUUAAACAUAAACUUGACACCAGGUGAUAAAGUUGGCUGUUUGGCUGUUGACAGUAAAAAGAUGCUGCAGUCACAAGACGCAGGAUUUUCAAAGAAGAGAAACAAGCCAAUCUGGCACCGAGCAGCGUUUAUUCCUCUCACUUCAGCUCGGUGACGUUUUCCUCCAGUUGGACUCGGCCCUUCUGGGUUUUAACCAAAGUCCAUCCAGCCCCCGCUCCCUCGUUAAGGCCCAACUGUUCUUUGUACUGCACGACUUGUUGGUGCUUUUCCCAUUAGGAGACCUCCUCCAGGUGAGGCUUUACAAGUUGAAUAAAACAAACCCACCCGUUAACUCUCCUGACAUGCACACACCUGUGGAGAAUCAGUGGACAUGCAGCAGGAAUGUUUUCCUCCUGCGAUUACAGAGAAACUCAGAGAGUUGGUUUUUUUUAUUGCAGAGCUCUCUCCGGUGAGACUUCUAAUUCUUAUUUUCUCUGUAUGAGCUUUAAGAUUUCAAUUUCAUCUCCAGGGCAAUUUAUUUAUAUAGUAUACAGCAUGCCAUAAAGGCUUAACUGCAGCACUUUCAUGUGGGUUAUUUUGUUGCCUGCUGCAUGUGUGUGUGUCAGUGUGUGUCAGUGUGUGUGUGUGUGUGUGUGUGUGUGUGUGUGUGUGAGUCUGGGGCUGGCACUGCUUGGAUUUGACAUGGCCUGACUACAAAAACAUGCAGCCCAGCCUGUAGGUUCUGUUAAUUGUCCUCUGUGGACCCGGUUCGAGCUGCACAAGGUCAAAGACAAUGUUUUGCUCCCUGUCCAGAGGACACUGAGAUCCGCUUUCAUUCAGGUCUGGGGGGUAAUUAAGGGACGCGGUAGAUUGGCUUCUUAUUUAUCUCCUGUUUGCAUCUCUGGCUCCAACUCGCCGGGCUGCAUGUCAGGAUGCAGAGCCGGGCUUAAAGUUUGCUGUCACAUGGGGGUAACCGGUGAUUUGCUGCCCCUCGUGUGGACAUAGAUACCGGGGGUUACACGUCGUUUGGACCGGGACCAAAUCUCACCUCGUUGCGUCUCUAAGUGUUUGAAUCCUCCAUGUAUUUACCGAGCUGCACCUUCCCGUCCAAGUCCGACUUUGGCUCCGUCCCGCCGCCGUUUCUCACGGAGGGUGGCGCGGCGCUGCUGGAGCACAGCGGCGCGUCGGCGCGGUACCGGGGCUGCUGCUUCCACGAGCCCCUGCAGCAGUACCCUCCUCCGGGCAAGUGGACCCUGUACCAGUCCACCCGGCCCAUCACCUCCCCACCGCCCUCCUGCUUCAGCCUCCCGGGGGAGGCCGUGUACCACCAGGGGCUCGCGUCCCCGCCGGAGAGCCUCUUCAAAGGCGGUAAGGAGUGCUUCCUGAGCGGGGGGCCGGUUUGCGGGGGGCCGGUCUACGGCGCGUCGGACCCGCGUCUUCACGCACACGCGUUCGCCGGCGACCCGCGGAGCUUCCCCGGGAGAUACGCGACGUACCACCCGGACUCGCAGCUCCUCUUCCCGGCGGCGCGGAACGGAAUCCUGCUGCCGGUGUUCGACCACUUCAUCGCGGAGGAGGCGGAGGGUCCGAAGACCGGGACCGCGGACCGGGAGAAGGAGACGAGUCGGACCGGUUGGACGAGCUGUCCCAGCGGGGAGAGCGGCGAGGGGAGGCCGGUGUCAGAGUCGCCGCUGACGGGGAAGGAGGACGACGAGGACGCGCCCUCAUCCAGCGGCGCUGGAGGAGACUGCAGCCAUGACCGGACAGAGUCCUCUGGGAAGAGGAAGAAGCGCUGUCCUUACACCAAGCAGCAGAUCAGGGAGCUGGAGACAGAGUUUCUCUUCAACAUUUACAUCAACAAGGACAGACGCAUGCAGCUGUCCCGCCUUCUGUUCCUGACAGACCGGUGAAAAUCUGGUUCCAGAACAGAAGAAUGAAAGAGAAGAAACUGAAAAGAGAGAGAGUACAGUACUACACACAGUACCACCUGUUCUGACGCAGGGACGAGGGGGAUGGAAGUAAAAGACGCUCCUUUUUUUUUUAAUGUCAUUCCCAAAAACUGUGCGCGUGUGACAACCCUGCAAACACUGUCACUGCAGCGCAUUUUCAUUCCAGUCACGUCGGCGUGAAUAAAGAUAGGAGCAAACAACCCUGCUCCUUCAGGAGGAGAACUCCAAGGCUCAGGUUUAGGCCCGAUGAAGAAUCUGCUCUUUUAAAGAAUGUGUCUCGCUCUUGAUCCUCCGUCAAGAAAAGCAUUGAAAAUGCUCCGCUCGCCUUAUGUGCACCCGUCAGCCCUCUGAAGUCAUGUGGCUCACUGUGAAGGAAUUAACGCUCUUUCUGUCUUAGGCCUUUAUGUUCUGUAAAUACCAGGAAAUUACCACAUACUGUACAUUCUUUGAGAAACUAAAUAGGGAAACAUCAACUUCAGACGUACUGUGGCUGCUUAUAUCCAUGUCCAUGGAGACUCAUGUAUUGGGACUUUUGGUUGUUUCUUUAAUGUUGAUUUGCACUGCUUAUCUAUCUAUCUAUCUAUCUAUCUGUCUAUCUAUCAUCUAUCUAUCUAUCUGUCUAUCUAUCAUCUAUCUAUCUAUCAUUCUUUCUAUCUUUAUCAAUAUAUGCACACUUAAAAGAUGAAGACAAUGUACUUAUAUAGAUAUUUGACAACCUGAUCAGACCUGAAUUUGGUGUCAAAACCUUGAAAUUAAAUAAAUCAAGUCAUUAAAAAUUAGCAAAUCACUUUAGACACUUUUCAAAUGUGUUAGAAUAAGAAAACAUCUACACAAACUUCAUAGCUAUUGUUUAUCCUAAUUGAAGAUGUGUGACAGUGCCAUCAGAAGCCGUUCACAGGGUGUUGUCCUAUUGUUUUAUAUAGUAAUAAAAUGAAAAAUUCAA